CAGCACCAGGGAAUGCAGAGACAUAACGAGGCUUGGAGGGACAGUCUGAGGUAUAGACGGCCCGACCUUGACCGCAUGUCCGGCAUCCGGCGUAUCACGGCCAACAACAACCCCAUGUUGGGGGAUGACGGGGCCAGGCUACUUGCUGAC